CACAAUCAUCGUUAUAUCUGAUAUUAUAAAACGUUUGGAUAAAGGUAUGAAUUGCUUGAAUGAAAGGUUCAAUAUCAUAAAAUGUUUAGAGGAAAACAUGAAUAAUUCUGAUAGAGAAAGGAAAGAAAAAAUCACCGAAAUAAUGAAUACAAAAAUGAUGAUUCACAACAUGGGUGUCACUGUAGAUGAAUUUAAUACCAUAUUUGGAAAAUCCAUGUUUUUUUCUGUGAUGUUCUCUAUAAUUGACAUAGUAUAUAAUACAUAUUUAGGAUUCUUUUACACGAUUUUCUACGAUGAUGAGUCAAGGAAAAUUUAUACGCUAUUUGGCACUGGUUUGUGGAUUACAGUAAUAACAGUUUCAAUAAUACUGAUUUCUGUCGCAGGAGAAGGUUUGGAAAAUGAAGCUAGAAAAACGCCCGUUAUAUGCUAUGUCCUUCUGAGCGACAUUCCUGGAAUUCCAAAAACUGACUACCAACGAUUAUUGAAAGAAGAACUUCUUUUGAUAGCUAAACAGGCGAACACUAGAAAAUUAUGCAUAUCAGCAGCAGGGUUUUUUGAAAUAAAUUUGGGAACGAUUGGAUUCGUUUUAGCCAGUGUCAUUUCAAACAUCAUUGUUGCCAUCCAAUUUAUUCCAGACAAAGAAGACAUGAAGAAAUUGGUGGCGACAAAAAAUACGUAAAACAGUCAAUAUUUGAAAGUCUUCUAAAACAUCCCGAUUUUUUCUAUUUUAUAUUAUUUCAUAUCAAAACAUUUUAAAGUAGGGAUAUAAUUAUUCAUAUUGUCAAGACAAUAUAUAUGACAUUAGAAUAAAGUAGAUUAUAUAAUAAAGAUUGAAUCAAUAUAAUGACUUUGUUGA